CUGCAAAAAGGUUUAAUGGUUGCACGCGAAUAUGACAAGUAUUUAUGUGCAUUGAAAGUGGAUCCGAAAACUAAUUCUACGGUGAUGGAGGUAAAGGAACCGAAUGCGCUCUAUACAACCGAUGUGAUUGCAAUCACCGCUUAUGGCAUACAGGCGAACAGCCUUAAUGACCCCAAUGGCAUUUUCCGCAAGAGUGGCAAGAAGAUUUUCACCUUCACUUGGCUGCGUGCCAUGGAGUUCAAAGCUUUCUUCUUUUUACCCAUCUUGGUGAAAAUAUUCCGCUUCAAAGUCUUCUCCGCAGAAACGACAGUCUUCCUACGCAACACCAUCAAUCAUGUUAUGGAGGAACGCAUUCGCACUGGUGCUGUACGCAAUGAUCUCAUCGAUACUUUGAUUAAAUUCCGACGUGAAGCAGAAGUAGAAUUGAAGGAAGGUAAAAAACCAUUCAUUUUGGAGCGAGACGCUUUGGCGGCUCAAGCAGCUAUCUUCUUCUCGGCUGGCUUUGAGACCUCAUCAUCAACCAUGUCUUUUACAAUGUUCGAAAUGGCGCGUCAUCCCGAAAUGCAGCAACGUUUGCGCGAAGAGAUGCGCACAGCUUUGCAGAGUAAUGACGGCAAAGUGACCUACGAACUGAUAAUGGGUCUCAAGUAUAUGGAUAAUGUUGUUAAGGAAGUGCUACGCCGUUAUCCGCCAUUACCUUUCCUCGAUCGCGUAUGCACGCCGAAAGCGGGAGAAAAGGGUUAUUCGCUGAAGGAAUUCGGCAUUGAUUUCGUUGUACCUGAAGAUAUGCCUAUCUACAUACCAAAUCAGGCUGUACAAAUGGAUCCAAGGUAUUUCAAAGAUCCCGAGCAAUUUAAUCCCGAUCGUUUUCUACCUGAAAAUAAGCAAGACAACAAUAUGAAUGCAUAUAUGCCAUUCGGCACUGGCCCCCAUAAUUGUAUUGGUGAACGCUUCGCAAUGAUGCAAACAAAGUUGGGAUUGCUCUACUUCUAUCGCAAUCAUUAUGUAACGGCUUGUGACAAAACGCCGCAGAAAAUUCAAUUGGAUCCACGUGCUGUUAUUAUCCAGUCGCUUGGUGGUAUUCACGUGAAUGUUGUACGGGAUCCGUUAUUUUGAGUGCGAUUUAGAAAUACAAAAAAAUAGCAGCUCUUUUUCUGUUUGUGGGUUAAUUUAUAACCAUUGUGUGGCUGUGAAAUUGCACUGUAGCAAUAAUACACUAUUGUCAUUUUGUUGUUUGUUU